AUGGACAGGGGCGGUGGUGUGGGCGGGACGUCAGCGAGCGAAGCUCAAGAGAGGCAGUCAGGCGCUGGUGACUUCAACCAGGAAAAGCGUCUUAGAAGGAAGCUGCGUCGUCAACUGCAACAAGACCGCGAUAACGAGUGGACGUCAAGAGCGAUGGAGUUUGAGAAGGCGUGGGAGGACACGAACCCGCGGAAAGCCUAUGCUCUACUAAAACAGUAUAGCGGCAAAAUGAAAAGAUGUUCUCCUGUCCUCAACACUGCCAAUGGAGUAGCUGUCGGUGAAGCAACCCUUCCAAUUUGGAGGGAUCACUUCAAGAUCCUGCUUAACCGGCAAGCGCCUGACCAACCGGUCCUAAACUCGAGCACGUUCAUAGAACCAGCGUAUGCGGUCAGCGAGGAAUCGCCGACCGAGUCGGAGACUUUGGUCUAG